AUGGACAAUCCUGAGCCUCCAUUGGCCCCCGGGGAGUGGGCGGAGCCAGACAGAGCCCCGCCCCUCAUAAAGGAGUGUCCGGGCCAAUCGUUUCAGGCCCGGCGUCUGCUGCAGUAUUUAAAGUCCAGCCUGGCCGACGGUGACGACGUCCUGUUGGAGCCGUACCUACAGAGCUGGGAUCAACUCCUCAAUUUCAUGGAGUCUCUCGGGACGAUCGUCAGUUUCUUUUCUCAGAAGGUGAAGGAAAAGGUCGUGCUGAUACGAGAGCUGUCACUCAAACACAGCGCAGAGGCUCAUGGAAAACAAAUCCCAUCAUCAUCUGGACUAAAACAUGGGGCGUACCGCUCAGUUCGAUCCAUGGUGGAGGCGGAGCUAAAAGCGGGCGUGGUCAACUUCUCCCGUCGCACAGAUUCGGGCUGCAGGACGCUGCUGCGGCUGCAUCGAUCUAUGCUGUGGUUGAAGCUGAUGUUGGAGGGUUUGGCUGAAGGACCGGACGCAGACGGACGAUACAAAACACCUGGAGAGCUGAGCAGGGACGCCUACAGGGUGGCGUUGGCGCCCCACCACCCCUGGGUGCUCCGUCAGGCUGCAGAGUUCGUCUUCCUCGCUCUCCCAGACAGACAUUACUUCCUGCAGCUGGUCUGUGUGCAGAGCCAGCGGGAGGCCACGCCCGUCCUACGCAUCAUCAUCCACGCCCUGACGCUGGUCCACACGCAAACUCAACGAAUCCUGGCCGAACACAACCUGCUGGAGCUGCCCUGA